UACAGAAGCUUAGAAACUCGUAGAGAGAGAGAAAAAUGGUGGUAAGAUUGAGAUUAUCGAGGUUGGGAUGCAAGAACAAGCCGUUCUAUCGAGUUAUGGCGGCGGAUAGCAGGUCACCAAGGGACGGCAAGCACCUCGAGAUUUUGGGAUACUACAACCCUAUCCCAGUGCAAGAUGGUGGAAAGAGAAUGGGACUUAACUUUGACAGAGUGAAGUAUUGGCUUUCAGUUGGUGCUCAGCCUUCUGAACCCGUAGAACGCCUUUUGUUCAGAACCGGUUUGUUACCUCCACCUCCUAUGGUGGCGAUGGGUCGUAAAGGCGGACCAAGAGACACUCGAUUAGUUGAUCCCAUGACUGGACGAUACUUGACGCCUGAUAAAAAGCUAAUCGAUAAUAGCCAAUCACAAGACUCUAAAAACGAUGGAUCAGAUGAAGGUGUCACAAUAACACACUGAUAUGUUUCGUGUAGCGAUAUUCCUAGGAUGAUGGUUUUUUCGAAUUCAAAUGUUUGAUUGAUCGAAAAGCUUGUGAACAACAAACAACGUUUUAUGGAAUGUUUGAUUUUGGAGUGUAUAAAUGCAUUGUUCUUAAAAUUGUUAACUUAUUUUUGUAACUUGGAAUUUUGUUUCCAAAGAAAGUUUGCUAAUUAAUAAUUUUUUGUUUGUGAUA